AUGGACAAACCGCUUGUGGGUUCCGAGAUUCAUGGAUUUCAUACAAUGCAAGAUUUGGAUGUCGACACUAUUAUGGAGGAAGCCAAAGGGAGAUGGCUCCGCCCAAAAGAAAUCCAUGCAUUACUCUAUAACUACAAGUAUUUCACCAUCCAUGUCAAGCCAGUGAACUUGCCCCCAAGUGGCACCAUUGUAUUGUUUGACCGUAAGAUGCUUAGAAACUUCAGGAAAGAUGGUCAUAACUGGAAAAAGAGAAAAGAUGGGAAGACAGUCAAAGAAUCUCAUGAACACUUGAAAGUUGGUGAUGAAGAAAGGAUUGAUGUAUACUAUGCCCAUGGUGAGGAUAGCCCAAUCUUUGUCCGGAGGUGUUAUUGGCUGCUUGAUAAGACUCUAGAAGACAUAGUUCUUGUUCAUUACCGUGAAACACAGGAGGUAGAAUGGACAAACUUUCAGGCCGUGGCGGGCGCUGCUCUUCACGCCGUUGAGAAGCUUGAUGCUUUAGAAUUGCUAAGAAAUUGUGGCUCUGAGGUUAAGGAUCCGGCAUGUGCCCCAUUUUUUGUUCAGGAUGAGUGCAGUGUAGCUCCACUUGGGUCUGUUGCUGCUAGUAAAAUGAAGCAUGGGAAGGCUGAUAAAUUGAAUCAAGGAAAUGCUAGACUGAAGAAUCUAAGGGUGCGUAAACUUAUUCAGAAGGCUCGUAUAAUGAGGAAGCGGAAAGUGGAGGAGGAUCAUGAAACUGUGACAUUCACAUGGAGAAUUAACAGUUUCUCUAAACUAUACACCUUCAAGCAUUACUCCGAGAUUUUCAGCAUCGGUGAUUUCAAAUGGCGGAUCCUUAUGUAUCCAAAGGGAAACAAGGAGGACCACUUAUCGGUGUACUUGGAUAUUUCAUCUACUACGGCAUUCCCACUUGGCUGGUCUAAAUAUGCCAAAUUCAGCUUAACCUUGGUUAAUCAACUUUGGCGCCGCAAGUCAAUAACAAAGGAGAUUCAUGUGUUCAAAGAUUGUGAGAUGGAUUAUUGUGGCUUCAAAUCAUUAGUUCCUCUUAGUCAAUUCUAUGACUAUGGUAAUGGGUACAUUGUGAAUGAUAUAUGCAUAAUUGAAGCCAAGGUUGCAGUGCGUAAAGAUGAUGCAAAGAUUUUACAAGACCAUGGAAUUUCUGCAUGUAUGGAACCCUUAGAGAAGGAAAAAGAAGGGCAGGGACCGUCAAAUGCGCAGCCUGUGAAUGUUCCAGAUAUUUCCGCACAAUUGGAGACACCGUGUUGUGAACAGGUGCCUGCCAGCUACCACAGUGCACCAAUUUCUGAACAAAUUGGCACUGACCUUCCUAACAUUUCCAUUCCCAAGGGAAUUAAGGACGUGUUGUCCACAUCAGCUGAUGAGCUAAUGGAUUUCAGGGGUUUAGCCAAAAUAGAAAAGGCUUGUGUUCCACUGUUAGAUGAAGUUUGUUCCUGUCACUCUUCUCUCAUUAAAUGCCAAAUGAAGCGAAGUCCAAAGUUUAAAGAGUGGGCAUUCACAGCCUUAGGCCGAGUUCUACAUUUUUUGAAAACAAAAAUGGUUAAAGAUAUGACAGAUGAUGUCUGUGCAGAGCUAGAAUGUCUAUGGGAAGAGCUCCAGGCCUUCAAAUUUGACUUGGCUUGGCUGAAGCCUUAUGUUGAAAGAGCUUUGUGUGUCAAUAAGUUGGUCAAAAGGGAAGUACAGAGCUUGAGAAAGGGUGUGGAUGAAUUGGAGAUUGAAAAGAAGAGGCUAAUGGCUAAGCUUGAGGUAGCAAGAAGAGAAUUGGAAAAGGUCGAAGGUGUUGAGAAGAUGGACAUGGAUAAGGUGCUAGGUUAUGGGGGUUGGCCGUUCUGUGGAAUUCUGAAUUUUGAGAAUUGUCCUUGA